CCUCAGUCUCUAGCUGUAGCUGGCUGCCAGGCGUACGCGCUCCUGCGUCUUCAGUACCCGCGGCCGCCAUCUACGGCGCUUAGGUUUCCCCUAGGCUUAUCUGCACCAUUCGCCCGCCUCACACUCCGCCACUGUAAACCGCCAAUAUGGUGAAGCUCGCAAAGGCCGGCAAAAAUCAAGGUGAUCCCAAGAAAAUGGCACCUCCCCCAAAGGAGGUAGAAGAAAGCGAUGAUGAGGAAAUGUCAGACGAUGAAGAAGAUGACAGCAGCGGAGAAGAGGUUGUCAUCCCUCAGAAAAAAAGUAAGAAGGCGGCUGUGACUCCAGCAAAAAAAGUAGUGGCUUCCCCAACCAAAAAGGUGGCCAUUGCCACACCUGCCAAGAAAGCAGCUGUCCCCUCAGGCAAAAAGGCGGGGGCUGCCACACCAGCCAAGAAGACAGUGACACCCGCCAAGGCAGUUGCAGCACCUGGCAAGAAGGGAGCCACACUAGGCAAAGCUGUAGUCGCAGCCCCGGGUAAGAAGAGUGCUGCUGCCCCAGCCAAGGGGGCAAAGAAUGGCAAAAACGCCAAGAAGGAAGAGAGUGAUGAGGAUGAAGAGGACGGUGACAGUGAGGAGGAAGAUGAUGAGGAUGACGAGGAGGAAGAGGAAGAUGAGGAAUUUGAGCCAAAAGUAAUGAAAGCGGUGGCUGCAGCCCCUGCCUCAGAGGACGAGGAUGAGGAUGAGGACGAUGACGAGGAGGAUGAGGAUGAGGAUGAGGAGGAUGAUGAGGAGGAAGAUGUUUCUCUUUCAGACUCUGAAGAAGAAGCUAUGGAAACCACACCAGCCAAAGGGAAGAAAGCUCCUGUAAAAGCCGCUCCUGUCAAAGCCAAGAACGUGGCCGAGGAGGAGGAGGAGGAUGAUGAGGAUGAAGAUGAUGAGGACGAAGAGGAUGAGGAUGACGAAGAUGAUGAAGAUGAGGACGAGGACGAAGAGGAGGAAGAGGAGGAAGAGCCUGUCAAAGAAGCACCUGGCAAACGAAAGAAGGAAAUGACCAAACAGAAGGCAGCUCCUGAAGCCAAGAAGCCGAAAAUGGAAGGCACAGAACCCACUACAGCUUUUAAUCUCUUUGUUGGAAAUCUGAAUUCUAACAAAUCUGCUCCUGAAUUAAAAACUGGUAUCAGUGAAGUUUUUGCUAAAAAUGAUCUCACUACUGUGGAUGUCAGAAUUGGUACAAAUCGGAAGUUUGGCUAUGUAGACUUUGAAUCUGCUGAAGACCUGGAAAAGGCUUUGGAACUCACUGGCUUAAAAGUCUUCGGCAGUGAAAUUAAAUUAGAGAAACCCAAAGGAAAAGACAGCAAGAAAGAUCGAGAUGCAAGAACACUUUUGGCCAAAAAUCUCCCUUACAAAGUCACUCAGGAUGAACUGAAAGAAGUGUUUGAAGACGCCAUAGAGAUCAGACUAGUCAGCAAGGAUGGGAAAAGUAAAGGGAUUGCUUAUAUUGAGUUUAAGACAGAAGCUGAUGCGGAGAAAACCUUUGAAGAAAAGCAGGGAACAGAGAUAGAUGGGCGAUCAGUUUCCCUCUACUAUACUGGGGAGAAAGGUCAAAAUCAAGACUACAGAGGCGGAAAGAACAGCACCUGGAGCGGUGAAUCAAAAACUCUGUAUUUAAGCAACCUCUCCUACAGUGCAACAGAAGAAACUCUUCAGGAAGUAUUUGAGAAGGCAACUUUUAUCAAAGUACCCCAAAACCAAAACGGCAAAUCUAAAGGGUACGCCUUCAUAGAAUUCGCUUCGUUUGAAGACGCAAAGGAAGCUUUGAACUCCUGCAAUAAAAGGGAAAUUGAGGGCAGAACGAUCAGACUGGAGCUGCAGGGACCCAGGGGGUCGCCUAAUGCAAGAAGCCAGCCAUCCAAAACCCUGUUCGUCAAGGGUCUGUCUGAGGAAACCACGGAAGAGACCUUAAAGGAAUCGUUUGACGGCUCUAUUGGAGCACGGAUAGUCACUGACCGGGAAACUGGCUCUUCCAAGGGGUUUGGUUUUGUAGACUUCAACACUGAGGAAGAUGCCAAGGCUGCCAAGGAGGCCAUGGAGGAUGGAGAGAUCGACGGAAACAAAGUCACCUUGGACUGGGCCAAGCCUAAGGGCGAAGGCGGCUUCGGGGGCCGUGGAGGCGGCAGAGGCGGCUUCGGGGGCCGGGGAGGUGGCCGAGGCGGCAGAGGUGGAUUUGGAGGCAGAGGCCGGGGAGGCUUUGGAGGGCGAGGCGGCUUCCGAGGAGGCCGGGGAGGAGGCGGAGACCACAAGCCACAAGGAAAGAAGACGAAGUUCGAGUAGUCCCUUCUGUCCCUGUCUGUACCUACCUGUUCAUUGGAAAGAAAGGACUCUGGGGUUUUACUCUGUUACCUGUUAAUGACAGAGCCUUCUGAGGACAUUCCAAGAUGGUGUGCAUCCUGUGGUCUACUUGGGAAGUGUAGCGAUGACAUUUCAGGAGAGAUGUACCCGAUAUACCCUGUUGGUUUUGACUGGAGAUUCAUAAACUUUUUAAAGAGAUGAGUGAUAGAGCUAACCCUGAUCUGUAAGUUUUGAAUUUAUAUUGUUUCAUCCCAUGUACAAAACCAUUUUUUUCCUACAAAUAGUUUUUUGUGUGUGUUGGGGGGUUGUAAAGGAAAGCAGAAUGUUUUAUGAUUUUUUUGCUUCAGUGAUUUUAGGACAAAUUAAAAGUCCUAAACUCUGG